AUGAAGUUGCUGCGCUGGGUGCACCAUAAAUUAUGGCAAAAUAACAUCGACCCAUGCAAGGAUUUCACAAUUGGGAACUCCUGUACAUGCCUUGCAACGCAACAGUCACCUAAUGACCAACAACACUGCACAAACCCAAGCUUUGACCUCAGACCCUUGAACCAGAACCAAAAGGAAUGUCAAAAAUCAUCUGCUGAAUUUGCAGCGAAAAAAGUGGAAGAUGAUUUUGAAGAAGAAUCAUCUACAGACAUCUCUGAGCUCUUCCAAGGUUUUCUCACCAUCGGAACUCUUGGUACAGAACUAAUGUUGCAAGAUCCUACAACACCAACAUUUGCCAUGUCUUUCAAGAACAUAAUGGAGAAUGAAACAGAGAUGAUAGACAAUGACUUGAAGCUCAUCAAUGAACAGCUGGAAAAGUUUAUUGAGACUGAAGCUAAAACUGAACGGUGCAAGGAACCAACAGGGAGGAACAGUCAUGUUAGCACAAUAAGACUCAGCAGCAAACAAGUUGAAGGAGCUGGCAUUAAAGAGGGUGAAAAGCCAGUAGUCUGUCCACUUGAAGGAUACUUUUUUGGGUCUGCAAUUGAAAUACCAGAAACAAGACCAGAGGUAAAGAAAGAGAAGGCAUCACUUGGAGAGCUUUUUCAAAAAAGUAAAAUAGCAGACGAUCACUCCACAGUGAAAUGCGAGAAAGGGGAUGUGCAAAGCAAGAGAACACAUAAAUCUGCGAUGCAUCUCAUGAAGAAGAUGCUAAAAAAGCUCCAUGCUUCUACAAGGAGCUCUACCACUUAUUCUGGUGAUGCUGCUGCUAAUUCAGUUUCAACCAAGAGAAAACUUAAUAAGGUCUUACGCAUAUUCCACAGAAAAAUUCAUCCUGAAAGCACUAUGGAUGCAAAAGCAUACAAUGAGUCCAAAACAUAUGAGCUCACGAACAAUCCCUACUACAACAGCCAUGUUAAUGGUGACCUGAAGUUCCUGGAUGAAGACAACAGAAGGUUCUCUCAUAUAUCUGUAUCAAAGGAAGGGGUUCCUUGUCACAAGACUAACUUAAAUCUCCCUGAAUCUGAACUCAGCACCAGAGGUACAAGUGGGAGUAGGGAACACUGGAUCAAAACAGAUGCAGACUACCUCGUGUUGGAGCUCUAAAGGUAGAUGAAAGUUGAAAGAAGAAGUUCAGCCAUCAUCCUCAUCAAGUAAGACGUGUGAAUAUGGUGUAUGAUAAGAUCAUUUGCCUUGUAUGAACUUUGUUGUGAGUGAUUAUUUAAUAGAUAAACUCGAGCGAAAAUAAAUUCCAGUGUGAUAGUAAAACUCUGGUCACUUAUGUUUUCAUGUAAGCUUCCUGAUUAGUCAACAUGCUUCAAUAAUC